AUGGAGUUUCCUUCUUCUUUCACUAGUACUGAGCGAGCGUUUGUUCACCGGCUCUGUCAGUCUCUGGGACUGAUAUCUAAAAGCAAAGGAAAAGGGGCAAAUCGAUACCUGACUGUAAGGAAGAAAGAUGGAUCAGAACUGACACAUGCAGUUAUGACUUGUUGCUUGGCUCCCAGCACGAAACAUGCUAUCCGGAGUUUGAUUCAGAGAUUCCCUGUCACCAGUAAAGAACGAACAGAACUUCUGCCAAAGACAGAGCGAGGAAAUGCUCGUGCUGUUGAAUCUGAAAACCGGGAAGUGAGCAAGACAAGUGGGCGACUUAACAAUGGUAUCCCCCAGGUUCCGGUGAAAAGAGGGGAGUCGGAGUUUGAUUGCUUCAGGCAGUCACUACCAGUUUUUGAAAAACAGGAAGAAAUUAUCCAAAUAAUAAAGGACCAUAAAGUUGUUUUAAUCGUAGGAGAGACUGGAUCAGGCAAAACUACCCAGAUUCCACAGUUCCUCCUUGAUGACUGCUACAAAAAUGGAACGCCCUGUCGUAUAUUCUGCACUCAGCCGAGACGUUUGGCAGCUGUUGCUGUGGCUGAAAGAGUGGCAGCAGAAAGGAGAGAAAAGAUUGGUCAGACAGUUGGCUAUCAAAUCCGACUAGAAAGCAGGGUUUCUCCAAAGACGCUGUUGACGUUUUGCACUAAUGGCAUCCUACUUCGCACGCUAAUGGCAGGAGACAGCACCCUAUCAACUGUGACACAUGUUAUAGUGGAUGAAGUACAUGAGAGGGACAGGUUCAGUGACUUCCUGUUAAUAAAACUGAGAGAUGUGUUGCAAAAACAGGCUAAUUUAAAAUUAAUUAUUUCUAGUGCUGCUCUAGAUGCAAAUCUCUUUAUUAGGUAUUUUGGAAGUUGCCCAGUAAUACACAUACAAGGAAGACCUUUUGAAGUUAAAGAGUUUUUUCUGGAGGACAUUUUACGAAGCACUGGGUAUUCAAACAAAGAGAUGGUAAAGUACAGAAAAGAAAAGCAGCGAGAAGAAAAACAGCAAAGCACUCUUACUGAAUGGUGUUCUGCUCAAGAAAGUAGUAGCAAACUGGAAUCUCAGAGGCAAAGAUCUGUCCCAAGUGCACCUGAAGACUAUAACCUGUUGGAUGAUGGUGGUGACACAGUAUUUAAUCAACUGACUGAAAAAGAUUCAAAUUGCCUUGAGCCAUGGCUAAUAAAAGAAAUGGAUUCUUGUCUUUCUGACAUCUGGUUGCAUAAAGAUGUUGAAUCGUUUGCUCAAGUGUUCCAUCUCAUUUUAACUGAAAAUGUUAGUGUUGAUUAUAGGCACAGUGAAACCAGCGCGACUGCACUCAUGAUUGCUUCAGGGAGAGGCUUUCUGAGCCAAGUAGAGCAACUGAUCAGUAUGGGAGCAAAUAUCCACUGCAAGUCAUCCAAUGGCUGGAUGGCUUUGGACUGGGCUAAGCGCUUUGGACAGACAGAGGUUGUUGAGCUCUUGGAGUCCUACAGUACUUCAGUGGAGUUUGGAAGUCUGGAUGAAAAUUCUCUAGUCCAAACAAGUGGUAGUGACCUUAGUGCAGAAGACAGAGAACUGUUGAAAGCUUAUCAUCACAGUUUUGAUAGUGAAAAAGUGGAUCUGGACCUGAUUAUGCAUUUACUUUAUAACAUCUGUCACAGUUAUGAUGCUGGAGCAAUUUUGAUCUUCCUUCCUGGCUAUGAUGAGAUAGUUAGCCUGAGGGACCGGAUCCUGUUUGACGACAAGAGAUUUGCUGAUAAUGCACACAGAUACCAAGUUUUUAUGCUUCAUUCAAACAUGCAGACUUUGGAUCAGAAGAAGGUGCUUAAAAGCCCACCUUUUGGCGUCCGCAAAAUAAUUCUUUCUACAAAUAUUGCAGAAACCAGCGUAACAAUCAAUGAUGUUGUGUAUGUUAUUGACUCAGGCAAAAUGAAGGAGAAGUCUUUUGAUGCACUGUGUUGUGUUACAAUGCUAAAAAUGGUGUGGAUUUCAAAAGCCAGUGCUAUCCAGAGAAAAGGCAGAGCUGGACGCUGUCAGCCUGGAGUGUGUUUCCGUCUCUUCAGCAGGCUGCGAUUUCAGAAUAUGUUGGAAUUUCAGACUCCUGAACUUCUCAGAAUGCCUCUUCAGGAUCUUUGUUUACACACAAAACUUCUGGCUCCACUUAACUGUCCAAUUGUUGACUUUCUUAUGAAAGCUCCUGAUCCUCCACCAGCUUUAAUUGUGAGAAAUGCUGUGCAGAUGCUUAAGACAAUAGAUGCCAUGGACCCUUGGGAAGAUCUCACUGAACUUGGUUAUCAUCUCACUGAAUUACCAGUAGAGCCACACCUUGGUAAAAUGGUGUUGUGUGCUGUUGUUUUGAAGUGCCUGGAUCCUAUUCUUACUAUUGCUUGCACUCUUGCAUAUAGAGACCCUUUUGUCCUUCCUACACUGGCCUCUCAAAAGCGUGCAGCCAUGCUGUGCAGAAAACGUUUUACUGCAGGAACAUCUAGUGACCAUAUGGCACUUCUCAGGGCUUUCCAGGCAUGGCAGAAGGCACGCAGUGAUGGCUGGGAGAGAGCCUUCUGUGAGAAGAACUUUCUGUCUCAAGCCACGAUGGAAAUAAUCGUAGGAAUGAGAACACAGUUGCUUGGUCAGCUUAGAGCCUCAGGUUUUGUUAGAGCCAGGGGAGGAGCCGAUAUUAGAGAUGUUAAUACUAACUCUGAAAACUGGGCUGUAGUGAAAGCUGCCUUAGUGGCUGGUAUGUACCCCAACCUGGUGCAUGUAGACAGAGAGAAUUUGGUCUUGACUGGACCAAAGGAGAAGAAAGUGCGAUUUCAUCCUACCUCUGUGCUUAGUCAACCUCAGUAUAAAAAGAUUCCACCGGCAAAUGGGCAAGCUGCAGCAAUUCAGGCCCUCCUCACAGACUGGCUUAUAUAUGAUGAAAUGACGAGAGCUCACAGGAUAGCAAAUAUCAGAUGCUGUACUGUAGUAACACCUGUGACUGUGUCACUCUUCUGUGGACCAGCAAGAUUACCAAGUAAUGCUUUGCAGGAGCCUUCAUCCUUUGGAGGGUAUGGGUUAUCUAAUGAUAACAGUGAUAGUGAGAUGGAGGACACCACAGCUGCUAAUUUGGCCCUACUGAAGUUGGAUGACUGGCUCCAUCUCAAACUGGACCCUGAAGUAA